UUGCAAGAGAGCGAGGAAGGUCACUGCCCCGUCUGUCAGGAGGAGUGGAAAGUAGGAGACACCCAGCGCGUACUUCCUUGCAAUCAUCGCUUUCACAACAUGUGUAUAGACCGCUGGCUGAAAGGGCACAAAGCCAUGUGCCCUCUCUGCAAGAAAGAU